AUGGCAGCGAAAUCUGAUGGUGUGGGGGUCGCUGCCGGUUUCGCCCAGCUACACAACCUGGACGAGGCGGUGGCGGGCUGCGACGAUGAUGGCUUGGACAGCACCGCUAUACACAUCUGCCACUGCUGCAACACCUCGUCCUGCUACUGGGGGUGUCGAAGCGCCUGCCUGCGCUCCCUCCUGGGGAAGCGGAACGGAGGCAGGCGGCCGCAGCAGGGCGAGCGCCUGUGGCUGGACUGCCUCUGGAUCGUUUUGGCAAUGCUAGUCUUCUUCUGGGAUGUAGGAACGGACCUGUGGUUAGCCAUGGAUUAUUACUCCAAACGGGACUAUCUGUGGUUCGGGCUCACCCUUUUCUUCGUGCUCGUACCGUCGGUUCUGGUCCAAAUCCUCAGCUUCAGGUGGUUUGUGCAGGAUUAUACGGGGGGCGGUUUGGGGGCAGUGGAGGGUCUGAGCAAGAGAGCCACCGCUGGUUUGAGCACGGGCAUCUACGGCAGGGACAGAUGCUGCCAAAUAUCUGUGUGGAUGUGGCAGAUUUUUAUACACAUCAUUCAGAUGGGACAAGUAUGGAGGUACAUCCGCACCAUGUACCUGGGCAUCCAGAGCCGUCGGCAGCAGGAGCACCGGCGGCGCUUCUACUGGGCCAUGAUGUACGAGUACGCCGACGUCAACAUGCUGCGCCUGCUGGAGACCUUCCUGGAGAGCGCCCCCCAGCUGGUGCUGCAGCUCAGCAUCAUGAUCCAGAAGAACCGCGCCGAGACCCUGCAGUGCGUGUCCUCUGUGGCAUCACUGAUGUCCUUGGCCUGGGUGCUGGCGUCCUACCACAAGCUCCUGCGCGACUCGCGCGACGACAAGAAGAGCAUGAGCUACCGCGGCGCGCUCGUCCACAUCUUCUGGCGCCUGUUCACCAUCUCCUCGCGCGUGCUCUCCUUCGCCCUGUUCGCCUCCAUCUUCCACAUCUACUUCGGCAUCUUCGUGGUGGUGCACUGGUGCGCCAUGGCCUUCUGGGUGGUGCACGGCGGCACCGACUUCUGCAUGUCCAAGUGGGAGGAGGUGCUCUUCAACAUGGUGGUGGGCAUCGUCUACAUCUUCUGCUGGUUCAACGUCAAGGAGGGCCGGACGCGCUACCGCAUGGUGGCCUACUACUUCCUGGUGCUGGCGGAGAACACGGUGCUCACCUGCCUGUGGUACGCGUACCGCGACCCGGCCACCACGGACUCGUACGCCGUGCCGGUGCUGUGCGGCGUGUACAUGAGCUUCGCCUCGGGCGUCUUCUUCAUGGGCCUGUACUACGGCGCGCUGCACCCCAUGGGGCCCCGCGUGCGCCUCCAGGACGGCUCGUGCUGCGCCGAGCUGCUCUGGGGGAUGCCGCUGCCGCCCGAGGCCGAGCCCAUGGCCCCGUCGCACGCCACGCCCAGCCGCCGCUCCAUGGGAGGCGGCGAGGGCCCGCAGGCGGACGAGGACGAGGCCACCGACACCUGCCUGCCCGUGUUCCAGGUGCGCUCGCCGGAGCGGGCGGCGGGCUCCAGCCGCCACUACCGGAUAGAGGGGCCGCUCAUCAAGAUCGACAUGCCCCGCAAGCGCUACCCGGCGUGGGACGCGCACUUCGUGGACCGCAGGCUGCGGAGGACCAUAAACAUCCUCCAGUUCAUCACCCCCACGGCGGUGGGCAUCAGGUACAGGGACGGGCCGCUGCUCUACGAGCUCCUGCAGUACGAGUCCUCCCUGUGAUGGCCGGCUCUCUCGCCCCCCUCCGACACCUCUCCCUCUCUCUCUCUCUCUCUCUCUCCAUGUCUCUGUCUGUCUUCUGUCUACAUUUAUAAUUGCCAAUCUCAGUUUUUUUUCCUCUCUCUCUCUCUUUCUCUGUAAUUUUCUUUCAAUUGUUUUUUUUAUCAAGCAGUUCUACAUU